AGCACAGCCAUGAAAAGCAGGGAACAGAAACUACACUGAAACAGUUUCUUUAAGAUCGUCCAGCAGAUUGGCAAAGAGAAAUCAACACUUUUGAGAGUCAUUCAGUGUGUAUGUGUGUAUGAGGAGUUAUGUGCAUCCAGGUGCCACUGAUAGUAGAUUUUUGUUCAUGUGAGAAUAUCUGAGAAUUUAUCCAAGACUUUUAAAAGACAAUCUUCACAGCGAAGGUUUCAGGAGAAAAUGCUCCAAUGGAUAACUUCCAGAAAUUUAUCCCAGUCACUUUUAUCCUAUUUGCCUCACUAACAGGUUUUGGCUUUGGUUAUUCUAUUAUAAAGGGCCCAGUUAAUGCAACAGUCCUAGCUGGUUCAGAGGCCCGGUUUAACUGUACUGUGUCACAAGGAUGGCAAAUUAUCAUUUGGCUUUUAAACGGGAAUGCUGUUUUCACAACAACUCACGCUGGAGGAGCUGUUGUAACAAUGGUUCGCUUCACUCAGCAAAAUUAUACCAGUGGUGAGAAUUUUACCUCAGAGCUGAUCAUCCACAACGUCCAACAGAACGAUUCUGGUAAAAUAGAAUGCAGCAUCCAAAUUGGUGUCUCCAACAGCUAUGCCUUUCUUUCUGUGCAAGUUAAUGGAUCUUUGUUCAUCAAAGAUCACAACUCGGCAGUAAGAAAGAACGAAACAAUUGAAAUUGUUUGUGAAGCCUUAGGAUGGGCUCCAGCUCCAGACAUGACCUGGAUGAUAAACAACUCUUUUGUAGAUAAGUCCAGGUAUGUCACUAACCACAGUCAAGGCUCUAAUGAUCUUCACAAUGAAGUGAGCACCUUAACUUUGACUCCGAUGGCCAAUGAGACGCUGACUUGUUUAGCUUAUAUAGAGGCACUCCCUAAGCCCCAGAAUGCAACUGUAACUCUUAUUGUGCAGGAUUCUCUUGCAGAAAAUGGUAACCAAGAAGACAGCACGCGGACACGGACUAUUAUACUUGCAGUCACAUUGUCAGUUGGUUUUCUUCUUCUGAUCAUUAUUAUUUUUAUAAUAAUAUACUGCUGCCUAAAAAACAAAGAGUCCACCUAUCAAAAGGAGUUGAGAAAAGUUUCAACUAAGAAAACCAAUGAUGGUAGUGUGAAGACCAGGAGAAGCAGUGGUAAUGAAAAUUCUGGAUACAGUCCAGAGGACCCAGUGUACACAAAACAAAUGCCAAGAAUUGCCCCUCUUCCCCCAAUGGCCUCCAACUUUCAUCGCACAGAAGAAGAUUUAGAAGUCAGUUCCCCAUCAGAGGUACCUUAUAAGGUGCAGCAGAACAAAGUAUCACCUCGAAGACUUACUGAUUAUCCAGUCAACCCAAGGAAAAUCAGAAACAUGACACUUGUAUAGGAGUUACUGCUCUUUGAGGUUCCUGUAUCACUGAAAUUUACACCUUUGGAUGACUUCCUGCAACACAGAAAGAUCACCAUAAUUUCACUUAUAUUCGAAAACAGGACCAUAGAUUUAUCUAUUUUUCAUAUAAUGAACAAUUUCUACCAAGGAGAACUAACAAUCUUGACUUUAACAUACACAUUUUCAACAAAAUUCUGUAUACAAAUGAUGGACCUGAUCCUGUAAUAGGAUCCAGGCAGGUGCACCUUGCAGAGCUCCACUGACUCCCAGGGGACUUCCCAAUGGCAAGGGGCCAUGCAAUGGAGUCCUAUGGAAGUCAGUAAGGCUCCACAUGGGCACAAAGGUUUGCUCACCCAGAUCCAACUGAAAGAUCAGAGACUAUAUAAGCUGGAGAUUUAUUAGUCCGGAACAGCAAAAUCUAUUGCUGGAUAGUAUAAUAUUGCUUUUAUAUUACUUAAUUUAUACUUUCUGAUCAUCCCAAGCUCCAUCAUCAACAAACUUUUCCAUUUCUUAUUUCCUAAUAUGAGCCAAGAUUUCCAAUAGGGCUGGUUGAGGAUUUUCAAUCAAAAUUUUUUUUUUGCAAAAAGUGUCUGUUUUCUAAAGAAAAAUUCAACUGUUUGUCAAAAAAGUGAACACAUAAAAACAAAAAAAAAUCAGCUUUUGAUUGAAAAACAGAAUAUGUCAGCUGAAAAAUGAAAAAUGUUGAUUCAGAAUUCAUGUAGCAAUGCCUCAUGAGAGCUGAAGUUUCGAUGUGUCAUUUCCCUGUUCUUCUCUAUAUGCUGAGUUCUCUAGCCAGACAUCUCUCUUGGCUUACUCUGGCCAGAUUCUCUCAUGAUGCAUCACAGUGGCUCAUCAAGAUGGGAGACUCUGGUGCAUCAUGGGAGAUGUAGUCUGACCAGGGAGCUUGGCCUAUAGAGGAGAAUGGGGGCAUGAUGCACCUGAACUACAACUCACAUGAGGCACUAAAGUGGCAUUACCAAGUACAAAGUUUUGGUUUUCAGCCAAAAAUUAUGGGCUGAAACUUUUUCAAUUUUCAGCUGAAAAUUUUUAGUUUAUGAUUUUUCACCAAAAAGUUAAAAUUUUCCAUGGAAAAAAACCAUUUUCUAACCUGCUCUAGCUGCUAUAUACUCAUAACUUUCUAAGUUAUCCUGUAAUUUAUAUAUUGAUAUUUCAUAAGGAUCAGUACUUUUGAAUGUUGGAAAGAAGUGAUGGCACCAGAAUUAUCUCUACAAUGAUAUUCUAUGCAACAAAGAGAAUAAAUCCAGAUCCUGAAUUGUGGGAAAAUUUUGUUUUGCACUCUGAGCAUUUUCAAUUUCAUUAAAUUGUGACUACUGAAUCCAGAUUCUGCAUUAUUAGUAGCAUUUUACUGUCAGUCAGAUCAAAUGCUGAGGCCAAUUCAUAUUUUGACACAUCCAGUUAUCUACAAAGAUAUUUCAAAUUCUGGAAUACUCCCCCACCUUUUGUCUGUCUUGUCUAUUUAGGAUGGGAUUUUUCAAAUGAACUGUCAUUGACCUCAAUGGGACCCAAAACAUUGACAUUAUACAGAGAUAACAUAAAUAAUUUAUAUCUAAGA